CACUUCACUACUGCUCCUUUCUGGGUGUCACCCGGCACCAGUCGUCUUCAAUUUCGGCGAUUCCAAUUCCGACACCGGAACCUACUUCGUCAUGCGCGGAACCAUCUCGCAGCUCCCACAAACCCUCGUCCAGGGCCGCAUGUCUGAUGGACGACUAGUACUCGACUUCUUGUGUGAGAGUUUGAAUGCAAGUCACCUGAGUCCAUACGUGGAGUCGGUUGGGGCAGAUUUCAGGAACGGGGCAAACUUUGCGAUGAGCGGUGCUUCUGCUACUCCUCCCUCUGCUCUCUUUAGCUUGCAGAACCAAGUCGAUCACUUCCGUAGAUUCAAGCAACGUUCCCUUGAUUUGUUCUCUAAAGGUUGUAUAUAUGCCUAUAUAUUGUUACUACUACUCCGACUACUAUGUUAGUCUAUGCCAAUUAAUGGAGGAUGGUACAUUCGUUCAUUCAAUCGAAACCUCCCAUUCGUUCUGGGGGCAUAUAUAAUCUUUUGUUUCAGGGGACAGAUAUUUACCAGGGGAUGAGGAGGAGUUUGAGAAUGGGCUUUAUGUGAUUGACAUAGGACAGAACGACCUCGACGCCACAUUUGGUUCUCAGUCAUUUCCUAAUUAUGAAGCUGUACAGAGGAUGAUCCCCUACUUCAUUUCUGAAAUUGGAAAUGCCAUCAGGGGCCUUUACCAACAAGGAGCAAGGAGGUUUUGGGUGCACAACACAGGGCCGCUUGGUUGCCUGCCAAAAGUAUUGACAAGAAGAAACUAUUCACCGGGUGAGCUUGACGAGCAUGGAUGUGCGAUAUCCGUCAACAAGGGCGCACUUGAGUUCAACAGGGAGCUCUUUACCCUCUGCAACCAGCUUCGCCCUCAAAUGGAGGGCGCCGUAAUAGUAUAUGUGGAUGUGUACAGCAUCAAGUACGACUUGAUCGCGAAUUCCUCCACGUAUGGUUUUGAGAAUGCCAUGACAGCAUGUUGCGGCUAUGGUGGGGGCCAAUACAACUACAAGUCUACCUCCCUGUGUGGUGCGCCGGGGUCUGAAGUGUGCGACAAGAGGUCACAAUAUGUGAACUGGGAUGGUACUCACUAUACCGAAGCGGCUAAUAGAUUUGUUGCCACGCAAAUACUUUCCACUCGUUACUCCAACCCUCGGCUCGCACUUUCCGACGUUUUUUUCUAACCUCCUGUUGUUGCUGCUCCUGCACAAACAUGCUUGUAAGUGGCUCUUAUGUUUCAUUCCCAUCUGGGAUCAGAAUGAACAAGAGUUGAAAAUGCCCUUUAUGUGGGGAGAGUUGAGAGCAUUAAGUGAAAGCAAAUAAGUCAAUGUCACUUCAUUUUUCCUUUACUUGAGCUAAUACAUUGGGAAGGAGAGAGUAUAAUUUUUUAUUUUUAUUUUUGUAGAAAAUGUAUCACUUGGCAUCUGAAUAUGAGUGUCUUUAUAAUAAUAUCUCAUAAGAAGA